UUUAGCAAGAUCCUUAGCUUGCAAUUGCUGUUGCUCUCAUUCUUUUCUUUCGUAUUAAAUCAUUUAUUUAUUUAUUUAAAUUUUCUGCUAUAAAAACAAAUUCUCCAUUUCAAUUUUCAUAUUGGAAUUAUAAAUUUGCAUCCAUUAAUCAAAUCUUGAUAAAAAAUGAUCAGUUCAGUCUCAUUUGCUGCCUCUUUAGCUCCAUACCAUCAUACAAAAAGCUCAAAUCCCUAUCACCAUCUCCUCAUUUCCCCAAAACCAAUUCAACAUAAACCUUCCCUCCAUAAAUUUCACGUUGGAAAAGCUUGCUGCUACAGCAAUUUCCGUUCACAGUAUUCGAAGCCGCCUUUGGUUCCGGCGAGCUACACUUCGCCGCAAAGGGGGCUGUUAGUGCCGCCGGAUGCUAAGAACAAGGGUUCGGGUUCUGGAGAGGAGGAUUCGAUAGGAGCCUUGGAAACGGUUCUCAAGCUUUACUCGGCGAUUAAGAACCAAAAUGUACGGGAAUUAUCUGAAAUCAUUGACGAUGAAUGCCAAUGCAUCUGCAAUUUCUUCUCUUAUUUCCAACCUUUACAAGGAAAAAAGCAAGUAAUUGAUUUCUUCACAUCUUUGAUAAAGCAUAUGGGAAAUCACAUAGAAUUUGUAGUGCAACCAACAUUGACUGAAGGGAUGAUUGUUGGCAUCAAUUGGAGAUUAGAGUGGAAUAAAGCUCAUAUGCCUCUGGGACAAGGUUUCAGCUUCUAUACUUGCCACGUAUACCAUGGAAAAGUAACGAUAAGGAAUGUAGAAAUGUUCAUGGAACCACUCCUUCAUGUGGAACCAUUAAGGCUAAAAAUAAUCGGAUAUCUGACCACCAUAAUGGACAAUAUAAGCUCGGAAGUAUCGUCUAAAGCCUGGAAAAAGAAGGUCAUAAGUGCAGUUCUUGCUCUAAUGUUCAUAGCUACCAUUCUGCUUUUCUCAAUGUAUUAGAUUGCUUGUACUAGGAAUCAGAUUGUUUUUUGCCCCUCUUACUCAAAAAGUGGGCAAAUUAGUCAUUGUACUUUAGAUAAAAGAGCAAACUUCUGUUAAAAUUUUCAUCCAAUUCUAUUACUAAAAACUGACCCCUAUAUGUAAAAUAGUUACACGUGGCAUACCAAAUGUAACAAUCUAGUUAUUCUAUUA